UGGCGGCCUAUCAGAUCGAGCCAAGGGCUACAUUUACGGCAAUGAUCUCUUGAUGGGCUUUGCGUUUGUGGUUGUCGCGACUCGCUUCUAUUGCCGGAUGCGAAUGGGAUCCAAGCGAGGCCUCUGGUGGGAUGACUUGUUCAUAAUGCUUUCAUUCGUACGUGGGUCAUGCUCAAUGCGUGAGACAUGUUCAUCUUUGGCUUACCAAGCUGGAUAGAUUUUCGCCGUGGGAUUUGGAGCUACAGUCAACGUAGCGAUGGGACACUAUGGAUGGGAUCGACACAUCUGGACUAUUCCCGCCGCAGUACUAUCGACGUCCGUCAAAGCAUACACGGCCACUAAAAUCCUGUUUGUCCUCAGCGGCACAUGUGUGCGGAUGGCAUUGUUGCUGUUCUAUCUAUGGCUGAUCAAAGAUCUUGCCGAGAGAAGGCUCAGACAAAUCAUCUAUGUAGUGAUGGCGCUGAACUUCGCGCUAUGCUUGGCAGGUGUGCUCGUCUCUAUAUUCCAAUGCUGGCCCAUUCGUGCAGCUUGGACAUGGGAGAUCAAAGAUGAUGCCCGUUGCUUGAACGAGGGUGUCUCGAUCACUACCAUUGGCGCCUUGCUAUCGGUCCUUGACUUCAUUGUCAACAUUCUUCCACUUCCAAUUGUGGCUCGUUUGAAUGUUGCUUUCAAGCAAAGAAUCGCUGCCACUGUACUCCUUUCUCUGGGUACCAUCGCAACCGCUGCUGGUGUCGUUCGAGAGGUUUAUGUUUACCGAGCAUUCAUCGGUACCAAAGACUCGACCUGGGGUGCAUUGCCUUUGUGGAUCUGUGCGGACGUCGAAAUCUACGUUGGUCUGCUUUGUGCUUGUGUUCCCUCCCUUCGUCCCCUGUGGCCUAAAGUGAGAUCUUGGUUCUCAUCCUGCAAGGCCUGUGUCCACUCCAACGACUCUUCACGCCACUCCGCUGGCGACCUUCACGUUCCAGCAACAAUGUCAUGGCACGACUUUGACAAGGAUGUCAUCUUCGAUGGCACCUCAUCAUUCCACUCGGCCUCCCACCUCUGGGGCAGCAGGAAGAAAUCAUACACCACAACCAUCGCUACACGCCUGGAAAAGCCAGUCUCUCAAUCCGACUCUUUCUGCUUGACGAGCAACAACCGCGAGUGGGAAGAAGUCGCAUUGAGGGACUUGGAAGCGAAUUACCCAAAAGAAGUGCACGUAAGGACAUCUGUGAGGUUACAGAACCACACGAUAUAGUCUUACCUUUUUGCAUUCAUUUUUAAUCAGCGAGCGAUCUAUUCUUUUCUACUUCUUUUCUUGUUUCUCUGAUACCCCCCAU